ACAGGGGCAUGCUGAGGAAUACGCACAAUAUAGCAGCCCGCAAGUUAGCGGCUAACCGCGUAGCCAACUAGCACUGUAGCACUUCACAAGUAGACAGUGCUAAGUGCACGUAUUCAACAGGACGUUCAGUAAAGGGCUUGUGUGUAACGGGAAGAACUCGCUGGUGUAUGUGCUCUGUGAGUGUAACAUUUCACUUCAAUGGCUGCCUCUGGCUCCACCAGCAAUGUGCCUGAAGGAUUCCGCUAUGAGACCAAAUACGUUCUCCUGUGCUACCUCGGCCUGCACCCGCCAUCACACUCCAGGCCUGAGGAAGGAGCAUCUGGUUUGUCUUUACAAACAGCUGUGGAGAAGACCAGCAGGAUGAAGGAGCAGAUUGAGGAACAGCUAAAGCAGCUAGAAGACGAAAUCACUGCCUCUUUUCCAAGUACAGGUUUUGAUCGGCACACAUCCCCAGUGUUCAGUCCAGCUAAUCCCGAGAACACUAUAGAGGACAGCCUGGCUGUGCUGGGGGAUCGUGUCGCACAAGUGCUGGACAUGCAUCUGGCCUCAGCCACACAGACACUUCUCAGUGGGCAGCUGGACUAUGAAAAUUUCCAAAGUGCUGUGAAAGAGAUUUCCUCCCAUUCUGAAGGAGGCUGGAGCAAGGUUUUGGUACCAUUAGUGUUAUUGCAAGCCCUGCAUUGUAAGGGUCAACAGCUGGCUUCUCUACUUUCCCUGGGUGAGCGCUACUUAGUUGAAGCAGAGGCAGACUUCAUCAUCCAGCAAGGUGGAUGGAGUGCAGUGUUUAGCCUGGAGGAUGUGGAGGAACCAGGAGCGCUCAUAGCUGAAGACAGUAACGAUAUCUACAUCCUGUCAGGGGAGCAGGGCCGUGAGCAGCUGAGUCCCCCUGAGUCACUGCUCAUCAGUGUGGCAGACAGCAGCGGCCUGAGCUCCUGGCACACGGAGAGUUUGCCCGUAUCGCUGAGUGGCCACGACUCCUGGGCUCAGGUUUGCACCAUGGAGCCGGAGGACGCCAAGAGUGUGGACAGUGGUGAGGGCGUGGCCUCGGCUGAGGAGCGCAGUGAGAACAACUCGUCCAAUUCGGACAUUGUGCAUGUGGAGCGCGAGGAGGCCGAGCUUCUGGAGGAGGGAGAAGCUGUAGAAGAGGAAGAGCUGCAGGAAAGUGUGCUCAGUGUCCUGGGCACUGAAAGUGAGCUGGAGGCCCUCAGAGAGGAGUUUAGAGGAGAAGUUUCAUUUCCACAACAGCCAGUUUCAGAAGCACCAGAGUCAUUGAUGUCCCUAGAGGAGCAAAUUGUCAUCCUGGAGGCACCUCCUAGCCUGGUCUCUGCUGUUCCACCUGUUGAUGUCGAGCCCAAGUCCCUCACUUCUUCUUGCACUGCUAUCAUUGCUGAGGCUCCCGUUGAAGCCCCAGCAUGCAUUGCUCCUUCACCUCCUAAAGUCAUCGCUGAUGCUCUGGUUGAAGUAGAGCCAGAACACCUUGCUCCUUCAUCCUCGAUCAUUGCCGAUGCUCCAGUUGAUGUGGAGCGGGAAUGUUCUGUUCAUUCUUCCCUUCCUAUUGCUGCUUCACCCCAAGUGCUCAAUCCUGAACCUGAGCCUCUCUCAGCUCAGCCAGAACCUGUUCUAGCUCCUGUGGAGCCACUGAUUCGAAGAACAGUUCAAGAACAUGAAGCUAAAUCUGAGCCACAGCCUGAAGCUGUCCAAGCAGCUCCAGUGUAUAAGAUAUUUCCACAAGAGCCACAAGCAGUGUUUGUACAGGCCAUUACAGCCCAGGAGCCACCUCUCAUAGCCCCAGCUACAGCACAGGAGAUACCAUCACUGGAGCCAGAGAUUGCACAAGAGACAUCUGCUCCAUCCCAGGUUCCUCUUGUUUUACCUCCUGCUGCAGCUCCAGAACAGGAAAUCCAGCCACAGCAGCUGGAGUCUGUACACACAGCAUCUCUUCCAGCUCAGGAGCCACCUGCAGCCCCAGCACACACAGAGCCUGUAGCAGAACCUGUAGCAGAGCCUGUGUCAUCUGAGUUUCCAGUUCUUCUGUAUGGUGGUGCUGCAUUGGUAGCCAUUGCUGCUUUGGUGGCCUAUGGAGCUCUGGCUUACAGAAAGAAGUAUUAGGAAUUGAUCAACUUGCCCCUUCUGAUAACCUCACCACAUCGGUGACCCUUUUCAGGACCCGGGGCCACUGUGCUGCCAAAAAUUGUGAGAAAAUUUAGUUCUCUUGUCUGCCCCAUGCCAAGUUUUGUCGACUUCAGAGUUCCUGCUUUUCUUAAAUUUUUGUUAUUUCAUAUUGUUCGGUUACAGUGAACCACUACUGACCCCUUCUAAAGGCAUACAUAAUUCUCAUACGCUUGUUGGUUUGUCUUAGGUUUUAAAUUGUAUAAGGCUGACAGCUGGUAUCAUUUUACCAGUUUUUAGAAGCAGGUUACUGUUAUUCAAGAAUAAACAUGAUUUGGAGUUUUGAAAAUAAUAUAUGAUUUGACGAGUAAAUAAAAGGUACACACCUCAGA